AUGACCCAACGGACCUACCGGCGAGUGGCAGUUAUCGGGGCCGGGCCGUCGGGCAUCGCGGCCACGCGGGCAUUGCAGCAGGAGGCCUGCUUCGAAUGCAUCCAGGUGUUUGAGCGCAAGGACUCCGUGGGCGGGAUGUGGCUGCUGGAACCAGAGCCGGAGGCAUUCCAGCCGACAGAGACGGUAGCAGAGACGCCGCUGGCGGUGCCAGAAGGCCUGGCGCCGGGCCAAGCGGCAGUACGUAUGCCAGCAGUGCCACGAGGACGGCCCGGGACGGUGACGGCGGCAUACAACGCGCUGGACACGAAUACGGGAGCGCGCACGAUGGCGUUUACGCACACGCCGCUGCCGGUGGUCAACUCGGCGGCAUCGGUCAGGACGCUGGGCCCGGGCAACAGCACGCGGCCGCGAGAGACGGUGGUGGCGUACCUGGAGGCAGUGGCGGCGCCUCUGCAGGAGCUGAUUGCGUUCCACACGUCAGUGGAGCGGGCGGAGAGGCAGGCGGACGGCGGGUGGGUGCUGACGCUGCGGCAGGAGAGCAAAGCGGCGGACGGCGGUGACGAUCUCUGGUGGCAAGAGCGGUUCGACGCGCUGGUGGUGGCAUCGGGGCACUUUAACAUCGGGCAGGUGCCACGGCUGGAGGGCCUGCAGGAGGCGUGGAGGGCGGUACCGGGGGUGUUUGAGCACUCCAAGUCGUUCCGAUCGCCGGACGACUACAUCGGCAAGACAGUGGUGGUGGUGGGCGGCAACAUCUCGGCGGCCGAUUUGGUUGAAGACCUACACAUGGUGACGGGACGGCCGGUGUAUAUCAGCCGGCGGCACGAGCUGGGCGGGCUGCUGGCGAGCUGCUGGCGGCUACCGAAUGUGCGGCAGAAGCCGGGAAUCCGGCGGAUCCGACAGACGGCCGCCAGCCAGGUCACGCUCGACUUUACCGACGGCUCAUCCGUGGCAGCAGUUGACAAGGUCAUCUUUGCGACGGGAUACCGCCGUUCGUAUCCGUUCCUGCCAUCGGGUGACGGCAUCGACGGAAUUCCGGCGCCCGAGACCAACCGGCUGGCCGGAUUCUACCAGCACGUCUUCUGCACGGCCGAGCCGUCGCUCGCGGUGGUCGGACAAGUCGACGGCGCCAUCAGCCUGCGUGUGUUCGAAUACCAGGCGGUGGCGGUGGCCCGGUUCUUCGCCGGUCACGCUGCCCACGUACUGCCAUCGCUGGCUGAGCAGCAGGCCUGGGAGGCCGACCGAUUGGCCCGCCUUGGCCCUAGCGAGCGGUUCCACGAGAUCUUUCCCGACACGGUGGCGUACUUUACGUGGCUGCGCACUUUUGCUGGCCCGCCGGCGGCCACGAGCAAAGGCGCAUACGAGCUGCCGCCAUUCGAGGCCGACUGGACUGACUGCGAGCUGGAGGUGCUCUUUGCCAAGGCACGAUACUGGACUGGGCUGGUAAACGGAUUUGGUCUGAGUUAG